AUGAGAGAGAAAUGGGAAAUGAAAAGAGAUGAAAUGGGACACCGAUGUUGCGGAAAACACAAAGUGAAAAGAGGGCUUUGGUCUCCAGAGGAAGACGAGAAGCUUCUUCGUUAUAUCACCACUCAUGGCCAUCCUAGUUGGAGUUCCGUUCCAAAGCUUGCCGGGUUGCAAAGAUGUGGGAAGAGUUGUAGACUAAGGUGGAUAAACUAUUUGAGGCCUGAUCUGAAGAGAGGUUCGUUUAACGAAGAGGAAGAGCAAAUCAUAAUCGAUGUCCAUCGUAUUCUUGGUAACAAAUGGGCUCAGAUUGCUAAGCACUUACCUGGACGCACUGAUAAUGAAGUCAAGAACUUUUGGAACUCAUGCAUUAAGAAGAAACUUCUUUCUCAAGGCUUAGACCCUUCUACACAUAACCUCAUGCCUUCACAUAAAAGAUCUUCUUCGUCUUCUAAUAUUAGUAAUAAUGUGUCCAAGCCAAGAUCAAAGACGACGUCCAUCAUGAAAAACCCUAGUGAUCUUGAUCAAGCAACCACUGCUUUUUCAAUCACAAACAUCAAUCCUCCCACUUCCAAUAAACCAAACAGACUUAAAUCUCCUGUCCGGACUUUAACCCCCUCUCAAGCCAUGAUCCCUAUCAACGAUACCAUGUCAAGUCUUUUGGAUGAUGAGAAUAUGAUUCCUCACUGGUCACAUGUUGAUGAAAUGGCGAUCCACGAAGCUCCGAUGCUGCCGGGUGAUAAGCCAGUAGCAGGAGUUGAUGAUGAUGAUCUCAACAUGGACAUUUUGUUUAAUACUCCGUCUUCUUCUGCUUUUGAUCCUGAUUUUGCUUCCAUUUUCUCAUCUGCAAUGUCGUCUAUAGAUUUCAACCCCAUGGAUGAUCUUGGGUGGACCUUUUAGCUUUACUCUACAAUAUUUUCAUAUUCGCAAGUGUAUAUAGAAGAAGUACAUGAAUAAUUGCCACUUUCUGCUUUUCACUAGUUUUGAAAAGCUGAGAAUUUUCCAAAUUAAUGUAUCAUUUUUUCCUCUCCCCUUAAUCCCACUACUAAGUUUAGACUUUUGUAUAAUGCUUG